UUAAUUGUCUUUUAUUGAAUUUAAAAAAUUUAUGACACAAAUUUAUAAUAGAAGAAAGGCGAAAGAAAACAAUAAAAUAUAUUUUUUUAAUCUUGUAAAAAAAAGUUGAACGUGUAGAAAACAAAACAUAUUCAAACGUUUUAAAUAUUGAGAAGUUUUUAUAUUUUUGAGAUGGCACACGAGAAUUAUCUUGAAUGGCAUGACGAAGACAGGAAAAGAAAGAGGUUCACUCUUCUUCAAAAAGACUCUGAUGAACCUAUUCGCCGUUUACAAGAUGCAAAAGUUGACAUGUUCGAUGAACCCAUCUUAAAAGUUGAAUAUUUCGAAGAACAAGAUAAUGUCCUAAAACGAAAAAAUACACGCGGUCGACCAAAGAAACAAAUUGAAACAUUGGAAUGGAGUGACGAAGCAACAGAAACGCUCAUUGAGUUAUGGAAAACUAAAGGUGAACUGUUUAGCAAACAGCAUCCUCAUUUUUACGUACGAGAUAUGAAGGAUAAAGCUGUAGAAUACAUAAAAGAUGAACUAAGUAAGCGAGGCUAUAACGUCACCAGUAACCAAAUCCUCAGCAAGUUCCAGUCCCUGCGCACGUAUUUUUGUAGUCAAAGAACUAAGAUGUCCGCAUCAAAGAAAAAUGGUUAUGACGAUGCAGAAUGCAAAUGGCGUUUCUUUAAGAGCUUACAGUUUUUGGAUGACAACAUGAAACCACGCGAAACAAACGCGAUUAAAAGGGAGUCGCAAGUAUCUAGUCCAACCUCUCCGUAUAGUCGUAGUAUGGUUGUUAAUGAAGAUGUUUCGGUCAGUGAUGAAUACCAAAACGGUUGUCAGCCUUAUUUCGACCACAUAAAGGAGGAACGUCGAGUGAAAACGGAACGGGAGAGUGAAGAAGCCAAAUUGUUAGCAGAGUGUAGGAAUGAAGAUCAACUCUUUGGAGAACUUGUAGGGAAUAUGAUUCACCAACUUCCUUCUGGUCAAAAUAAAGACAUACUCAAACUGGAAAUACAGCAAAUGAUAAUUAAGACAAAAUAUAGCACUAAUAAUAACAAACUUGAUGAUUGAUGGCUGUCUACACAUUAAAAAUAAAAAGUGACACUAAAAGAAGAAGAAGAACGUUAGCUGAUGUGUUUUAUGUUGGUAUAUAUAUACAGAUUUAGUCAAAUAAAAAGUUUUUUAUAUAUGUUUUAUAAGAUGUAUCCCUGAAUUUUUUUAAAGAUAUUAGCUAACACUUAUUGUAA